CGGCGCACGCUGGCCGCGCCGGGGGGAGGGUCCCGGCGAGCGUGCAGCGGAGCUCGGGGCACCGGGGGCCUCCCAGCCUCUCGAGCCGGCGCCCGGCUCCGGACACCCCCCGGGCCGGGGACCUUCGCCCCCGGCCCGCCGCCCUGCCCGACAGCCCGGAUCCCCAGCGCGAGCGUCCUCCGGCGACGUUCCCCUCUCGGCGGCCGGCCUUGCUGGGGGAGUGUCAGGCCACGUACGCGUCGCAGCCAGGGCUGGGCACCGGGUCCCGCCUCCCUGAGAGUCUCCAUGGAGAGUAAGGAUGAGGUCAGCGACAGCGACAGCGGCAUCAUCCUGCAGUCUGGCCCGGAUAGCCCCGUGUCCCCGAUGAAGGAGCUGACCCAGGCCGUGCGCAAGCAGCAGAGGGCCCUGGAGGAGCGGCUGGAGGCCUGCCUGGAGGAGCUGAGGAGACUCUGCCUGAGGGAGGCGGAGCUGACGGGCACCUUGCCUGCAGAGUACCCUCUCAAACCCGGGGAAAAGGCCCCCAAGGUUCGGCGCCGCAUCGGAGCUGCAUACAAGCUGGAUGAGCGGGCACUGCACAGAGAGGACCCCCUGAGCGGCCUGGAGCGCGAGCUGGCGCUGCAGCAGCAGAUCGCGGAGGCGGCGCGCAGGCUGUGCGGGGAGCAGAGCGUGGGCCGCCAGGCGCGGCGGCAGCGCAAGCAGGUGGCCCUGCAGGAGGAGCGCAAACUGCAGGAACUGCAGCGCCGCGUGGGGGAGCGGAGACGCAACAGCGCGCCCGCUCCGGCGCCCGCCGGCUUCGCGCUUGGCCCAGAGCUCAGUACCUCUGACGACAGCUCGCUGUCUGACGGGCUCCUCCUGGAGGAAGAGGAGCCGCAGCUGCCAAAACCUCCCCCAGAGUCGCCAGCCCCACCCCCUCGGCCUGCCCCUCCCCAGAGCCUCGAAGGGCUGCAGCCGGCGGGGCCAGAGCCGGGCGCCCUGGAGCGGGCCCCGAUUCAGAGCAGCCCCUGGAAGGAGACGAGCCUGGACCACCCCUACGAGAAGCCCAAGAAGUCGUCGGAACCCAGCAGCGAGUCCAGCAGCCCGGCCACCACCCCGCAGGACGGGCCCAGCGCCACCGACGUGUGGCUGCUCGAACCUGCCACCUACCAUGUGAUCCCUGUCCGCAAUGGCCCUGGCCAGCGGCCCAGCCGCACCAGUGCCCCGGCCACCCCCGAGAUGCUGGACAGGAGGGGCCAGCCACAGUCACUGAGGCUGGAGUCCUUCCUCCGGGCGGGCGCCGAGGGCCGGGGCCGCAGCGCCUUCCCACGCCGGCGGCCCACGCAUUACACCGUGACGGUGCCCGAGUCCUGCUUCCCGCAGACCAAGCCCCCGCCGCCCCCUGCCUGCUCCGAGGACAGCGGUUCCGACGUGUCCAGCGCCUCCCACCCCACCUCCCCGGGCAGCAGCAGCCCCGACAUCUCCAUCCUGCAGCCUCUGUCCCCGUCGGAGCCCCUCUGCCAGCCUGGAGCCUGGGGCCCGGCCGGGGGCCACACCCCUAAACUGCUGUUGCCCCCCGGAUACCUCCCUGCCGGGCGCUAUGUGAUGGUGGCCGCCCCCGAGGGCCACCUGCUGCCGCCCAGCGAGUGGGAGCUGGGCCGCGCCGCCCAGGCCUGGGCCUACGAGGAGGCGACAGCGGCCGCGGGCCUGCGUGUGCGGCGCCUGGUGCCGGCCCCCGGCCGCCUGGGGAGGGCGCCCUCGCUGAAGGACACCCCCGCGGCCCGGCUCAGCAAGGCCGUCGUCUCCAGGGAGCUCGAGUCCUGGCACGAGCGGGCGCGGCUCAGGAGCGCCCGGCCACACUCGCUGGACCGCCAGGGGGCCUUCCGCGUGCGGAGCCUGCCCCCGGGGCGAGCCCUGGGACCCCGCACACAGGUGCCCGCCGUGUGCGUGCUGCGGAGAUCGCCCGACGGCGCCCCGGUGCAAGUCUUCGUGCCCGAGAACGGAGAGAUCAUCAGCCAGGUGUGACUGUGGCCGGGCCCCACCUGCCUUGCAAAGACUCUGCUGGGGGCCGACACCCCACCCCACGUGCCUUCCUCGACUCCCACACCCCUGUCGCAGGCCGAUCACCUGGAGUCAAGAUUUUUUUCGUUGUUACUUUUUUUUUUUUUUUACUAGUUUUUGUUCAGGUGUCCUGGACUUGUUUGUGAUCCGUCCUCAGGGUCCUGCAGUAUGAAACGGGCCUGAGACCCUGCCUGGCUGGGGCAGGGGCUGCAGGAAGUGGAGCCCCGGUCUCUGCUUCUGAGAGGUGGCACCCCCCCCACCCCCGAGAACAGCCUGCAGCCCCUGGAGGCUGGCCCUGCCCCAGCCCUCGCCACCCCCCUUCCUGUGUGCUCUGUGAUGCACGACCAGAAGCUCGGCAGCGGUCGGGGGGCCUGGCUGCUGGUCCCCACCCCAUCCACGCAGGGGAGGGGCUCCAGCAUUGACGGACCUCUGCCUGCCUGCCCACUGUAGCGGCUGGAGGCCUGGACAGGGGCCAGCCCGGUGUGAGGGCGGCUGCAGGGCGGCUCCCCUUUGCCCACUCCUCUGGACCUUAAGGCUUCAAGUCCUGGCUUCCCCAUUGUCUUGGAAACCCCCUUCAUCAUCUUCAUCAUCACUCAUCAUUGUCUUCGUCGUCGUCUUCCGCCAGCGCCCCUCUAACUCCAGAGGAGAGGGUGCCGUCUGCUGCUCCCCAACUCCCCAGGACUCGGAAAGGCGAAUUCCCCGGAAGGGGCCAGUCCAGGAGGGAGGGUGGGCGGGUCUUGCCCGGGGCACAGCCUGGGGCCGUUCUGCUGCCUCAGAACCCCGAGGGGACCCCCCUCCAAGGAGAGGACCACCCCCAGGGUGAGGCAGGAAGGGGCUGCGGGGAGCUGAGCUGGGAAGAGGCCCAGCCACCCUGUUCCCCUCUGCGUGCCUUGGGGCCAGACCUCAGUCCUCGCCUGGACCCUGACAGGCAGCUCCUGUGAGGUAGCCUCGGACACAGGCGGGAGAGGACCCGGGAGGUGACAGGAGCAUGGCGGAAGCAUGUCUGCACCCCCCCACACACAUACCACAUGCUACAGCCCCCACCAUGGGGCCACCCCUGCCGCUGUUACGUUGAAUGCCCUAUGUGGUUGCUGAUUGUGGGCAGUUUGUCGCUACGCUCCUUCCCCGGUGUCCCCUCCCGGUGUCCACUGGGGAGCCAUGACUCCUCGGGCUUGAGCUGGCAGCUGCCUGAGCACCCCCCACCGCCCCCACAACCGAGCGCCCUUUGUAUUAACUUAUUGGUCCUGGCCCGGGCACCGUUGCAAAGUGACUGACUGCCCUCGGCCCGGGGCCGGGACUCCAGGUCCACGUGUCAAACCCGUCAAUAAAGUCUG